AGGCAGCAUAAAUAAUAAGACUAUAAAUAAUCCAUAAGAAUCCAGUGGUUAAAUCCCUAUCUUCAAACGCAAUAUGAUAAGUGUUAGCAGGGGCAUAGAUUCCUCCCAAUAUUUAUACCAUGAUCAAUGGAAAUAUGUAAAUGCUUCAUGCUGCAACUCCCCCAAUGUUCAAGCCAAAUCUAUGCCCUUGAGUGUUAGUGAGAAACAGAUCAAUAUUUAAGUCCUUUUUUUUUUUAACUGUAAAUCUACACUUUCAUUUUCACUUUUCACAUUCAGCCACCUACUGAUUGGGUCUGGUCAAAGGGGAAGAUUUAUAGGAAAAAAUUACUUAAAUAUUGAUCUGUUUCUCACCCAAACCAAUCAUAUCGUCUCUGAACACAUGGAUUUAACCACAGGAGUUGUAUAGAUUACUUUUAUGCUGCCUUUAUGUCCUUUUUGGACCUUCUGAGUUUUAGCCACCAUUCACUUGCAUUGUGAGGAACAACAGAGCUGAAAUAUUCUUCUAAAAGUCUUUAUUUGCGUUCGGCACAAGAAAGAAGUCAUACGCAUCUGGCAUGAGGGUGAGUAAAUGAUGAGAGAAUUUUCAUUUUUGGGUGAACUAUCCCUUUAAGGCAGUUUUGAUUAAACAAGUUACUUACUAAUGUAAAAAUAAAUGCAAAGACUGAAGUAUUACAUUACUUUUAUUCCCAAAUCCUUAUAUCACAAACAGUAGCCUAAAUGUGCUGUGGUGGAGGAGACAGCCCAUUCAUUCCGUUAGAUCUUCCAUGGUGGUAUAUCAUUGUUCUAUCAUAUAUGGCCUCAUAUCUUUCACAGCAGUUGUGCUUUGGAAAUUAAAAACAGCCGUGUCAUAUUGUGAAUAUACAGUAUAAGGCUGAAGUUGUUGUAAACAACACCCUUCAGCCAUGACUAUAUUCACAAUAAAGCAUGACCUCUUGUACAUUAUUGUUUAAUUAGGAUAUGUUUUGAUGCCUGUUAUAACACUUUGCUUACAGGAAUCACCUCCGUCCGUUUCGAGAGAAGUAUUAGAAAUUUUUCCAAAAGUAAUGCAGGUAAAAACUGAACAGAUGCAGGGAAGAUUAAAGACUGAUUCGUUUUUAGGAACUAAAAACUAACAGACAAUUCUCUAAUAGAAAUGUUUUUAAAUAUAACCUUUUUAGCAAAUCUCCUUCAACAUGAAAUUUCCCUUGUUAAAUUAAUGAACCAGACAUGUGUGGUUCCUCUAGUGAAGACAUCUGAAACUGCUGUAUUCAUUAUCGAAACCAUGUUCCUGAGACAAUUGAGUUCCACUGGAUUUCAAUCCAACAUCUGUGCUGCAGAAUACUGACCUUAAAAACCAGAGCAGCAGUGAUGGCCUUUACAUAGAUCCUAUUUUGUCUAAGCCUUUCCCAGACUGAAUGCCAUGGCCACAAGGCUUUAGGGAUUUGUGCCACCUCCACUAAUACAAAUGCAGCAGUAUGAUAAGACAUGGUUGCUCUCAUCCAGAGGUGGGCGUCAAGUUUUACAGGAGAGUAUAAGUGCCCAUAUGUAUGGAGAGGAAGGGAUUUUGCCUCAGCAAAUCUCCAGCAGGUAGGACUGAUGUGAACACUCUUUUUACAGUUUAGUUUGACGUAGUUCUGUAUCCAGUGGUUAGUUGCUUUGCCCAAAUGUAAUAUUUAUAGAUCAGUUUGUCAGGUUUUAUCUUUCCUGUUUAAAAAGUAAUUCAGGCAACUUUUUAAUUUGGCUAGGCUAUGUGAGCUGGUUUCCUGGACUAUGGAUUUGGAUAUACUUUCAAUGAUGAGGAUGCGCUUCGUUGUUAUGGUAAUGCUGUUGCCAGUGCUAAUGAGGGCAGGAUCAGAAUACAGUUCCAGCUGUCGACUUACCAAUAUCUCUAUUACUGUCGAAAGUGAGGAAUGUGGAAGCUGCAUCACAAUUGACACCACUGCUUGUGCCGGGCUCUGCAUAACUCAGGAAAGAGUUUACCGUAGCCCCUUGUUGCAGUCCUACCAGAACACCUGUAACUUCAGAGAAUGGACCUAUGAGACCUAUGGGUUCAAAGGCUGCCCUGUCGGGGCUGACUCUGUUUUCACCUACCCUGUGGCCCUCAGCUGUGAGUGCAGCAAGUGUAACAGUGACAUCAUGGACUGUGGAGUUCUUAGCCAGCAGACAACCAGUUGCAAUGCACAUUAGAGCUAAAGACCCUGCUCUGUACACAUGUUAAAAAGCCCUUGGUACCAUUUUGAAUAUCAACAAUUUUCAAUGACAAGUAAUGGCUUUUCAUGACAUGUUAUGUGCUGUACUUUGCAGAAUGGAAUAAAACAUCUAAAAUACAAAUAUUUGUUUGAACAAGUGUAAUACAUGCAUUUGUAAUACUGUAUGCCUCUAAAUGUAACACCGUAAUAACCCAUUACAGACAAGAUUUGAUUUAUGUUUAAGAUUUUGGCAACACUUUACAAUAAGGUUCCAUUAGUUAACAUU